GCUGGAGGCCUGGGGGGCGUGGCAGGUAGGAACAGGUGGGAACAGGUGGGAGAGCUGGUUCGGGUGGGAACAGGUCUCGACAGGUAGCAGAGACAGGUGCGAACUCAGGUAUGCUGGCGAGGUGGUCCCGUAUUAGGAACCGUCUCCAUGGAGACGCUCGGUUCUGUCAUCAAAGUGAUGCCUCCGGGUUGUUAGUAGAUCUGCGCUGGGACUGUUCUGGUUCUGGAUCCCGGCGGUUCUCUGGUCGUACUAUUCAGGUCCUCUCGGAUGAGGUCCUGUCCCAGGGCCCGAGGGUUGUGGUUACCGGGGCGACGGGCCUUCUGGGUCGGGCAGUCUGCAAGGAGUUCCAGAACCACGGCUGGACGGUGAGCGGGACCGGCCUUCGGCGGGCCCGGCCCCGCUUCCUGCGCUGCGACCUGACCGACGAGGACGCCGUGCGCCGGCUGCUGCAGGAGACCAAGCCCGACGUUCUGGUCCACUGCGCCGCAGAACGGCGUCCGGACGUCAUGGAGAGAGAUGCGGACGCGGCGGUCAGCCUGAACGUGCACGCCUCCAGCACCGUCUCCAGGGAGACAGCCGCCUGCGGUGCCCUGCUCAUCUACAUCAGCACCGACUACGUGUUCGACGGCCGGAACCCUCCAUACGGCGAGGACGACUGUCCCAACCCGCUCAACCUGUACGGGCGGAGCAAGCUGGAGGGAGAGAGGGAGGCGCUCAGACACUGCCCAGGCGCGGUGAUCCUGCGUAUUCCCGUCCUGUUCGGGGAGGUGGAGUCUGUGACGGAGAGCGCCGUGACGUCGCUGUGGCAGCAGGUGCAGGAGGCGACAGAGGAGCGGCGGGUGCUGGACCACUGCCUGCAGCGCUUCCCCACCGACGCUCGGGACGUCGCCGCCGUCUGCAGGAAGCUCGCCGAGAGAGCGAGACAGCAGGAUCCGUCCAUCCGAGGAAUCUUCCAUUUCUCCGGUAAAGAGCAGAUGACCAAAUAUGAGAUGGCUGUUGCCAUGGCGCAGGCCUUCAACCUGCCGUCCAAUCACCUCGUACCUCUGACGGAGCAGUCGGCCGGGUCCGCUCCUCGUCCAAUCAACAGCCAGCUGAACUGCUCCCGCCUGGAGCAGCUGAACCUGAGCGUGGAGCCGCGAGCGUUCUCCAUCGCCAUCAGCGAGUGUCUGUGGCCGUUCACGGCCGACAAACGCUGGAGACAGACCGUCUUCCACUGAACCCGUCCUGGUGAAACGGCACCAGUCCACCCGCUUCAAGCUUCACAAUGAAUGUUUUAAUGUUUUUGUUAUUUUUUUUUCCUUUUUGAAGAGUGAAACACUGGGUGUGAGGGGGCUCCUGCGUCUCCAGAUGAUUUGCUGUGGAAACUGAAGUGAUGCUGUCAGUGGUCCCUUCAGGACCUUGAUUUCAGUUUAGUUCUGGUUUAGUUUCUGCUCGUGAAUCUGAUUACACUGAAAAAAAUAAUAUUACUGCUUGGACUCGAGCUCUACGGUGUCCCACAGAGGACAGGAAAUGACAAUAAAAGAACGUCAUCCUGAUUUCGUUUGAAUGUCAUCGAAGGUCAAGCUCGAGUUCCUGGGUCCCGACAGACCGGAGGGAUAAUUAUAAAGCCAUGAAGUUUAACUUGAAUUAUGUUGGUGUCGGGUUUUAUUGUCAGCAGCGUUCCCGAUGUUUGUGUCCUAACAGGAAACAUGUUUUUUUUAAAUCCAGCCUUAAUCUGGCUGUGAGAGAAGGGGGCUUGACGCCUCAGUGUUUAAUAAUCUGACUCCAAGGUUUAACAUGUCGAAUGUUUCAGAAAAAUACCAGUCGGGUUUUAGAUCCGGUCCAAAAGCUGCUGAACAUUCAGGUGUUGAAACAUCUGCAGUAUAAAUACGUAGGUUAGAGGUAGUUCUUUAUGCACGUGGGUGGUCACGUUUUUGUUUUUUUUAGCUGCUACACCCAGUCAGUCUAUAAGACAAUGUCAGUCAGUGAACAGGUGAGAUAAUCAGAGCAGCAGCAGAACCCUGUGUGUAACAUGUUUUCCUGGAGCUUUGACAUAAAUAAAGAACUGCAUUUUUGACCGA